GCGAAACAGAAACAAAAUUGAUUGAGGUCCAGACAUUUCUGCCCUGCUUUGGACGAGGAGCUGCCUGUCACAGAUGGAGAAGAAGAAAAUUCUAAUGAAGUCCAAGGUUGCAGCUCCUAAUCUCCUGAGGGCACUGCAUUCUCUGUACCAGUUCGGUCAUCUCUGUGACGUGACAGUGCACACGCAACAUCUAGGAAUUCAAGAGGAGUUUCUGGUUCACAAAGCUGUCUUGGCAGCUUCCAGCAAUUAUUUUAAGGGGCUUUUCCUGCAUGAUGAGAUGCUGGACACCAAGAAUUGCACAGUGACUCUGCAAGACAUUUACACAGAAGAGUUCACCUCCUUUCUGGAAUUCAUCUAUACUGCAGAAGUGGAGAUUGAAGCAGGAAAACUGCAACGAAUGAAAGAAAUAGCAGAAAGGCUUGAGUGCAAGGACUUGCUUGACAUUUGUGAAGAAGUGAGAGCAGAGGGAAAGAAGGGUUUAGAUUUGAGCCUCCAUCUGAAAGAUCAGCUGUGUGAAAAUGGUGUGCAACAGUGGCCUCGCAUCCAGCAAGAGGACUGCAAACUGAGUAGCUGUUCCCAAGUGGUGGCAGUACCCAUGCAGAGGAAGCUCUGGGAGAGGCAAAAGCAUAACAAGUUGCUGGCUGGUUGUGAACUCAUUGAAGGCCAACCAGCAAAUCUGGAGCAAGAGGGCAGUGCUUUUCCACAAGAAAAAUCUAGUACAGCAAAGCUACCUAAAUGUGACAGAACAGAUAACAGAGGCGGACUUGGCAUGGAUGUCAUUGGUCUGGAGCAGAGGAAUGCUCACUCUCCCGUGAGUCAGACUGGGUCAAAGGAAGCCUGCGUAGUAGUUAGGGAUAUGCUGUCUGAGCAGUGGGAAGGUGGAAACAGUUUGAUUUCUGAUCUUAGCAGUAAAACCAAACGUAAGAGAUCACUGCAGCAUGUGGCGGAAGUCUUGCCAGAGAUUGCAUGUGAGAAGUGCAGUGAAUCAUUCCAUGUUAUCAAGCAGUACCAGAUGCACAUGGAGCUCAAGCAUGGUGUUAAUCUGUCUGUCAAGUACAGCUGUAACAUGUGCAAGCAGCUCUUCUCCAGCCACCAGAACCUGAGGCAGCAUUGCCUCACUGUUCAUAGCGCUGAACAGGGCUUCUCUUGCAUGUUUUGUGACAAGAGGUUCAAGCAUCAGAAGGACAGAAAUGAUCAUAUCCAGAGGGUGCACGAGAAGCAGAGGGACCCGCAGGCAUGCCCGUACUGCGACAAGCUCAUCAGCUCCAAGUGUGGCCUGACGGUCCACAUCCGAACACACACGGGAGAGAAACCUUAUAAAUGCGAGCGCUGCCCUGCCAGCUUUGCUCAGAGGUCUGCUUACAAGACUCAUGUGAGAAAAGUCCAUGAAUCUGGGCGAGAGAGGAAACUUAUGCCAGUCUACUGGAUGGUAAUUCCACCUACUCACAGACCAAAUGCAGCAAGCUGUGACAAAGAUAGUGACAGGGAGAUAUGGGAUGGGAUGCCAGAGGCUGUGCUAGAGAAGGAUGCAAUGCACAAAGAGUCUGCAAGUCGGGAGGAAGAGCCUGCAAGGCCAGCUGUUACACAGGCAGACUGUAGUGAACUGCAAGAAGAACAGAAGGAGAAACAUACGGAAGCUCAAAGAGGAAUGGAAACGCUGAGUGAAGAAGGGAAUGAAGCUGAAGGUGGGAAGAGUGUGAAGGGAGAGGAAGAGGGAGAUUAUGAAGCAGAGUAUUCAGAUGUCGAAGCUACUAGAGUUAACGAUGAAGCCUUUACUGAGGAAGAUGAUGAGGAUGAUGAGUGCUCCAAUGAAAAAGGUGCUGAAGAACGUGAAUCAGCUGAAGAAUUUAAAAUAAAGAAGGUAAAUAAAAGUGAGACGAAUAAGAAAUCAGCCUAUGUAAUAAGAUGCAAUGAGUGUAACGAGCAGUUUGUUUCCCGGAAAAAGUAUGUGGAUCACUGCAGAGAUAUCCAUCAGUGCUUGCCUGGUAAAGUCUACCAGUGUGACAUCUGCAGCAAGUCGUUUGCUAGUUACAACAGCUGGAAGGAGCACCGAGCAUGCGUCCACACUGACGAAAGGCAGUUUGCCUGCAGCCUUUGCAGUGCUACUUUUAAAAGAAAGAGAGAUGUGAGGACGCAUUAUGUGCGGAAGCACGAAGGCAGAGUGAAACGCCCUCUCUGCUCUGUCUGUGGGAAGAUCCUCAGCUCCCAAACAGCGUUAGUGUUUCACAUGCGGACGCAUACAGGAGAAAAACCUUAUGAAUGUGGCAUUUGUCAUUCCAAAUUUGCUCAGCCAUCACAGCUUAAGAUCCAUACCAGGAGAGACAGUGUAAUUGGAAUGAGUGAAAAGAAGGGUUUAAAGGAGUUUGUCUCACUGGGAGAGUACAAGCUCCUUAGGAUGCCAAAGUAA